AGCCCCUGCCGCUGCCCCAGCCGAGCCCCGCUCUCGCCGGGAUCCGACGCCGGACGCCGCACGCUGAGCUGCCCGGGCUCCGCCGACUGUCGCCUGCGGCCCGCCCCUGGCACGCGUCCCCCGAGCCCCGGGAUCUCUCCGACCGCCGCGCGCGCCCCGCUCGCUGCUCCCCGGCACUCUCGGGGGGCCAGCCCGCCCUGCACCCUGGAGCACCGGGCCGCGAGCCUCUGCCAACUCCUCUGGAUCCUCGCGGCCGUGCGCAGCGGCUGCAGCGCCUGUCCGCCCGAGGGAGGACCCACAGCGCUGCAUUUGCCCUGCAAUUCUGGCUGUACUGCCCACAGCUUGGGUAACACGGGCCUCCCGGGAACAUGGCAGACGAAGACCUCAUUUUCCGUCUGGAAGGUGUUGAUGGUGGCCAGACCUCCCAGGCGGGUCACGACGGUGAGUCCGAGGCAGACAGCGACGAUGAGGAAGGUUACUUCAUCUGCCCCAUCACUGAUGACCCCAGGUCACACCAGGAUGUCAAUUCCAAGGUUAAUAACUACUACAGCAACCUAACAAAGAGUGAGCAGUAUGGCUCCAGUGGGUCCCCAGCAAGCUCCUUCCAUUUUAAGGAAGCUUGGAAGCAUGCGAUUGAGAAGGCCAAACACAUGCCUGACCCCUGGGCUGAGUUCCACCUGGAAGAUAUUGCCACGGAAUGUGCCACACGUCACAGGUACAAUGCUGUCACUGGGGAAUGGCUGGAAGAUGAAGUUCUGAUCAAGAUGGCAUCUCAGCCCUUCGGCCGUGGAGCGAUGAGGGAGUGCUUCAGGACAAAGAAGCUCUCCAACUUUCUGCACACUCAGCAGUGGAAAGGAGCCUCCAACUACGUGGCAAAGCGCUACAUUGAGUCUGUGGACAGGGAUGUGUACUUUGAGGAUGUGCGUCUACAGAUGGAGGCCAAGCUCUGGGGAGAGGAGUAUAAUCGACACAAGCCCCCCAAGCAGGUGGACAUCAUGCAGAUGUGCGUGGUAGAGCUGAAGGACAGACCAGGCAAGCCGCUCUUCCACCUGGAGCACUACAUCGAGGGCAAAUACAUCAAGUACAACUCCAACUCAGGCUUUGUUCGCGAUGACAACCUGCGUCUGACACCACAGGCCUUCAGCCACUUCACAUUUGAGCGUUCUGGGCAUCAGCUGAUUGUGGUAGACAUCCAGGGUGUGGGCGACCUCUACACUGACCCACAGAUCCACACCGAAAGGGGCACUGACUUCGGAGAUGGCAACCUAGGUGUCCGGGGGAUGGCACUUUUCUUCUACUCUCAUGCUUGCAACCGGAUUUGCAAGAGCAUGGGCCUCGCUCCCUUUGACCUCUCACCCAGAGAGAGGGACGCGGUGAAUCAGAACACCAAGCUGCUGCAGUCUGCCAAGACCAUCUUGAGGGGGACAGAGGAAAAGUGUGGGAGCCCCCGAGUCAGGACCCUCUCUGGGAGUCGCCCUCCCUUGCUCCUUCGCCUUUCAGAGAACUCUGGAGAUGAGAACAUGAGUGAUGUGACCUUUGACUCUCUCCCUUCCUCCCCAUCUUCGGCCACACCACAAAGCCAGAAACUGGACCACCUCCAUUGGCCUGUGUUCAGCGACCUUGACAGCAUGGCAUCCCGAGAGCACGACCAUCUGGACAACCACCGGGACUCUGAGAACAGUGGAGACAGUGGAUACCCCAGUGAGAAGCGGGGUGAGCUGGAUGACCCAGAGCCCCGAGAACAGGGCCACUCAAACGGUAACCGGAAGUACGAGUCAGACGAAGACAGCCUGGGCAGCUCUGGACGGGUCUGCGUGGACAAGUGGAAUCUCCUCAACCCCUCCCGCCUCCACCUGUCAAGACCUUCUGCUGUGGCCCUGGAAGUGCAAAGGCUUAAUACUCUGAACCUUGAAAAGAAAAUCGGGAAGUCCAUUCUGGGGAAGGUGCAUCUAGCCAUGGUGCGCUACCAUGAGGGUGGACGCUUCUGUGAGAAGGGCGAGGACUGGGACCGCGAGUCAGCCGUCUUCCACUUGGAGCACGCAGCCGACCUGGGCGAACUGGAGGCCAUCGUGGGCCUGGGGCUCAUGUGCUCACAGCUGCCCCACCACAUCCUGGCUGAUGUCUCUUUGAAGGAGACAGAAGAGAAUAAAACCAAAGGAUUCGAAUACUUACUGAAGGCAGCUGAAGCUGGCGACAGACAGUCCAUGAUCCUGGUGGCUCGGGCUUUUGACACCGGCCAGAAUCUCAGCCCAGACAGGUCCCAGGACUGGCCAGAGGCUCUGCACUGGUACAACACUGCCCUGGAGAUGACAGACUGUGAUGAGGGCGGCGAGUAUGAUGGGAUGCAAGAUGAGCCUCGGUACAUGCUGCUGGCCCGGGAGGCUGAGAUGCUGUUCACCGGUGGCUGCAGGCUAGCGAAGGACCCACAGAGAUCAGGCGAUUUGUACACACAGGCAGCCGAAGCGGCGAUGGAAGCCAUGAAGGGCCGGCUGGCCAACCAGUACUACCAGAAGGCGGAGGAGGCCUGGGCGCAGAUGGAGGAGUAGCUUGCCCGGGAAAUCGCUGCCGGCCAGCCCCGAGCAAGAGGGCUAAGACGCGGCGGGGGGGGGGGGGGGGGGCGACUUAUUGACUUAUCUGGGUUUUUUUUUGGCGGGAAAGGGCAAGUAUUUUUAGUGUGUUGUAAAUUAACUUUUGUAUUUUGUUUUUUGACUCUUGAAAAUGUCUUUUCUACGAGCGGAGACACUUAGUUGUCCUUUGGGGCAGCAUCUUGGGGAGCAGGAAUUGAAAAAGCAGCCUAAUGAACCAACAUAUGGUUUUAAGGGGUUUUUUGUUUUGGGGGUUUUUUGGGGGGAGUUGGUCAUGUGAUCUAAGAAAAUGCUUUACCACCAUGGAUAAAAAAUUAGGGCUUUGCUCACCGGCUGUUUCAGGCUGUACUGAAAUGAAAUCUCAGGUCCACAGAAUUUGUGUCCUGAGUUGUGAUGGGGAAGGUAGAGCUGCACAUCAACUUUCCAUGGGGUGUGUGUUUUCAUGACAGAGUGCCAAGCCUUAAUUCUCAGAGCAUUUGGAAGCAUGCAUGGCAUUGUUCUGUGGAUAUGAGAUUGCACGGUACCCGGCCCCCUUCCGCUGGUGGCAAAGGCCCGCCCACUGACCCUUUGCUAAUCUUUUAGUUUAAUUUCCUUCCCGAGUGCAACUGAUUUUCUGGAAUACAGCCAAAUUACGUUUUGUAGCAUGACUUCUACAGUGGGCUUUAUAAAACAGGUUUGAUUUUUGUAUGCACACGUUUACUACCUCUAAUUUAUCCAUCGGCUAGUGUGGAAUUGGGUGCGCCUCAAACCUUUUAUAUGUAAGAACAGCAAUUUGGAAUUGGAGCCUUUCCUCCAAACAGACAUACUCUGCAUCUCAGCGGCAGCAUCCACGGUGUAACUGAAGUGUCUUUGUACGGUGUUUCUCUGUGUUUUCUUAGCAUCUCACGUUGGUAUGUAGGCUCUGUUCCCCAGCCCCUGUCCUUGCCAUUUUCUGCUUGAAGCUGGGCUGAUUUUCUUGUAAAUUGCAGCAGUAAGAGUUCAGCAGCAGCCCCUUGAGAUUUAUCCAAGAUGUUUGAGGAUGAGAGGGCAAGAACUCUAAACACUCAUUAAUUCCAGUAGUUUCCCCAGGGCCAGGCUGCGUCUCUCUGUACUUAAUGAGCUUUCCCUUUAAAAGGAAUAAGACUUAAUAUGACUCAGCUGGUGUGUCAAAGCAAACACACUGCUUUGAUCGAGCCCAAGUGCCAAAGCAGCUCUCUGUGUUUAAAAAUGAAAACAUAAAAAAGCAGAAUAUGACAUACAGACCGUUCUUAUCUAUUAAAACAGCUCUUUCAACACAUUACUGUUAAGUGCUGUGGAGUCAGUGAACCUGUGUAUGCAUUGUGUUCGGAACUGCAGACUGUGCCGUAGGGGAAAAAAAUCAAACAUACUCAGAAUUACCCUUGAAAAAUAUCCUUUAAACCACCUGUAAAUUACAGUAUCCCUCAUUUUUGUGUGGGUUCACCACAACUGGCUUUUUUUUUUAAUUUUUAUUUUUAUUUAUGAUAGUCACACAGAAAGAGAGAGAGAGGCAGAGACACAGGCAGAGGGAGAAGCAGGCUCCAUGCACCGGGAACCCGACGUGGGAUUCGAUCCCGGGUCUCCAGGAUCACGCCCUGGGCCAAAGGCAGGUGCCAAAUCGCUGCCCCACCCAGGGAUCCCCACAACUGGCUUCAUUUAUGAGUUGGGACUAAUCACCGUUUUCAUUUGUACUCAAUCAAGAAGUUGGCUUGCAUUAGGUUUUUUUGUUUGUGUGUUUUAAACCAGUGCAUAUAGUUAAAUUGCAUAUGGUAAAUGUACAUGAGAAGCGGCUUGCUUGUUACUUAUCUCUUACCUCUGGUAAAGGGCCCGAUAGUAAAUAUUGUAGGCUUUGUAGGUCCAUAUGGUCUCUGUUGUAACGACUCAGUCCUGGUGUUAUAGUGAAGAAACACCCAGGAACAGUACCUAAAUGAAUGAGUUUGGCUGAAGUUCCAAUGAAACUUUAUUUACAAAAAUAGCCUGCCCAGGCAGUAGUUUGCUGACUCCCACUCUAAUCCUUGACAAAGGGUUACUAUAGUAUGCUCUGAAGGCAAAAGCUAUCUCAGUUUUUCAGCUUUCAGUGCUCAAAAACACAGUGCUUUGGCAAAGUAGUCACUCAAUAAAUGUGUGAGCAAAUGGAGAGCCAACCCUAGUCAGCACCUAAUCCGUGGCUCUGAUUUCUUUCAACCAGUUAAUGACUUGUUGUCUGAAUUGGCUUUCAGUGUCACUCCUCCAGUUCCAUCCACCCACCUCUAUGGCCUUAACUCAGCUAGCUUCUCUUCCAGGAGGCUGGGAUGGCCUGGAUAGAUAGCUAAGCAAAUGCUUAUUGAGGAGCAGUGAGAGUACAAUGAUAUGCAAGAUACCAAGAUCCUGAGCCAGUAGGAGAACUUACCCCACCUUCGAAACCUAGUUUUGUGUCUGCUAAAGGUGGUUAGGGCAUCUUUUUUGUUUCAGAUUCUGGGCAUGCAAAAGACAGAGAACCCCAGGACAUUCCAGCCCAAUUGGGAAGACAUCAGAGACCAUCUUCAAGUGCAAGGGGCAGGUGAAGGAGAUCAGCAGAGUCUGGGAUAUAGUCCCAUAUCUUCCAUCAUAGAUGGAGAAACCAAGGUUUUGAAAGAUCAGACUCUCGCUGUGACCCUGGUGGUUAGCAGCUAGCUGCAGCUAAGAUUUGAAAGCUGCUGUUAUUUAGAGGAUCCUGGGAAUAAAAGUUAAAAUUAAUCUAGAGUAUAAUGUCCCUUUCAGUUUUGCUAUAGGUUUUGUUUCUUUUUUUUAAAGCAGACUUUUUGGAUGUAAGGAGGGAAAAAACAUCCCCAACCCCAGUGCAUCUGAAUAUCCCUUCCCGUCCCCUCCCCUGGGGCAUUGUGGGAAUUCAUCAUCAAAUGCAAACUUGGGGAACCAAGCCAGGUAAAUCACCCUGGUUGCUAUCUUAGUGACUUCCUUUCAUCCCAACACAUUUGUCUGCAGUACUGGACAUGAUUUACAAAUCAACACGUUUACAAAGGUAUAUGCAGCUUAUGUGGGGGAAAGGGGACAAUAUGCAUUUUCUCUGCAUGGAUUUAUGCCUUUUACUCCUGUUUCUUGUCUCAAGGUAACCAUUUAACCAAGAUGUGGUGGACCUUGGGUGGGGCCCAGAGGAAUGGCCUGUGUUAUAAAUUUAUUUUUGCAUAUGUACCAAGUUCCAUAUCAUCUUUUCAAAUAAAGUGGUUUCUUUCUU